AUGCUCCUUAAUAUAGUGACAGGAUCAACAAGCUUUGCAGACAUAAGAACAGUAAAUGGCGUACAAUUUCCCACAUUCAAGGAAGCUUGCAAUGCUUUAGGGCUUCUAGAAGGAGAUAGUGAAUGGCAUGAAGCUCUAAACGCUGCAUCAUCUUGGGCUCAUGCCCCACAACUUAGAGAGUUGUUCGUCACAAUCUUAAUUUUCUGUGAAGUAACAAGUCCCAGUGACCUGUGGGAGAAAAAUUGGGAGCUACUAUCAGAUGAUGUCCUAUACAGGCAACGCAAGAGGUUUAAUUCUCCCAACAUUGUGCUAACAACUAACCAAGUGCAAAACUACGCAUUAUAUGAGAUAGAAUUGAUCCUUAACAGAAAUAACAGGAGCCUCACAAACUAUGGAGGUAUGCCAUUCCCGGACAUGUCUUUGGUCCAACAAACAUCCAACAGAAUGAUACUAGAAGAGCAAAUGUUUGACAUUGCAACUCUAGUAGACGAAGCAUCUAAUCUAGAAGCAAGCCUAAAUCCGGAACAAAGCUCUGUGUACCAUCAGAUACUAGAGGCCAUAGAAAAUAGAAUUGGUGGGGUAUUUUUCAUUUAUGGUAGCGGAGGGACAGGGAAGACAUAUUUGUGGAGCACAUUAAUAUCAAGAAUUAGAUCUCAAGGCCAUAUUGUAAUCGCAGUUGCAUCGUCUGGUAUUGCUGCAUUAUUACUUCACAGUGGAAGGACGGCACAUUCACGUUUCAGCAUCCCAAUACAUUUAAAUGAGAACUCGUGUUGCAGGAUAACUCAAGGUUCGAACUUGGCAUUUCUCAUCCAAACAGCAAGGCUUAUAAUAUGGGAUGAAGCUCCCAUGGUCCAUAGACAUGCCUUCGAGGAAGUGGACCGCACUAUACGUGAUAUUAUGCAGACAGUUAACCCAAGCGCUUCAGACAGGCCAUUUGGAGGAAAAACGGUUGUAUUAGGAGGCGAUUUCAGGCAGAUAUUACCGGUGGUGCCACGAAAAGGAAGAGCAGAAAUUGUAGACGCAUCGGUCAGUAGGUCCCCAACAAUUUGGCCUCAUUGCAUCGUGUUCAAGCUCACUACAAACAUGAGAUUGAGGGGAAGCUCGACCACUGUUGGAUUAGAACAAAUGCAGGCUUUUAGCAAGUGGGUCCUAGAUGUGGGCGAUGGAAAACUACCUACUACUGCAAAAACCGGGGAAGAUGAAGGAAGUUGGAUUCAUAUACCAACUGACCUACUGGUAAAAGACCAUUCUGAUAAAAAGGUAGCACUUGUGGAAGAAAUAUAUCCAGACCUACUUCACAGGUACACAGACAUCAAUUACCUUGCUGAAAGGGCGAUUUUAGCGCAUAAAAAGGAAUGUGUUGAUGAAAUAAACAACUACAUUCUCUCGAUGAUUCCUGGAGAAGAAGGUGUAUAUAAAAGUGCUGACAGAGUAAGCCCACUCACAAAUAGAAGCUCGGUCGAUGAAGAUCUAUACCCAACAGAGUUCCUCAACACACUGCAGUUCCCCGGCAUCCCAAAUCAUGAGAUACGACUAAAGGUAGGUUGUCCAAUAAUCCUACUUAGAAACAUCAACCAAGUUGAGGGAUUAUGCAAUGGAACAAGGCUCAUAAUAACGCGGCUAGAAGCAAUUGUAAUUGAAGCACAAGUGGUAACUGGAAAAAAUGUAGGCCGCAGAGUGUCCAUUCCCCGGGUAGAGAUGACACCAUCUAAUCACACACUGCCAUUCACUAUGAAGCGCAGACAAUUCCCUGUCAAGGUAUGUUUUGCAAUGACAAUAAAUAAAAGUCAGGGUCAAACGUUCAACCGCGUAGGUGUGUAUUUGCCAGAGCCCGUCUUUAGCCACGGACAACUAUAUGUGGUUGUCUCUAGAGUCACAUGUCGGACUGGUCUCAAAAUUUGUAUAGGCCGCCAUGGAAACGACACGGAAGAUUGUUCUGAGACAAAGAAUGUCGUGUAUAGAGAAAUUUUUGACAAUGUUUAA